AUUUGGUGCGCAAAGCCGCGCAGCCUGCCAGUGCAAAGCUCAAGAGCACGGCGUCCACUGCCAACAGAUCUGGAAACCCUCGAUUCACAAAGGCGCCUUUGUGUAUCCCGUAGUCAUGGCUUCCCCUUGGGUUUUUGGCUUGCUCGUGUUGGCCUUUGCUUCCUGCUCUUUGGUGCAGGCUGAUGGAGAUGCGGUGGUCCUUACACCUGACAAUUUCGACGACAAUGUCGGCGGCAGUCAAGCGGCUCUGGUCGAGUUCUAUGCUCCGUGGUGUGGCCAUUGUAAGAAGCUUGCGCCGGAGUGGGAGGUCCUCGGCUCUGCCUUCAAGAAGAUUCCUUCUGUCGUGAUAGGCAAGGUUGACUGUGACGAGCACAAGGACCUGUGCGGGAAGUUUGGAGUGUCUGGGUUUCCUACAAUCAAGUACUUUCCGAAGAACUCUCAGCAGCCGGAAGACUAUUCUGGGGGGCGGACAGCUGACGACCUCAUCACGUUUGUGAACCAGAAAGCAGGAACAAAGGCGAAGGUCAAGAAGGAACCAUCUUACGUGACAAUCCUGGACAAGAGCAGCUUCGAGAAGAUUGUGUUGGAUCCUUCGAAGAAUGUUCUUGUGGAAUUCUACGCUCCAUGGUGCGGUCACUGCAAGUCUCUGGCUCCAACGUAUGAGCAGCUCGCCAAGGUGUAUGCGGGAGAGCCCAACGUCGUGAUUGCCAACCUGGACGCAGACAACGCUGACCAUAAGGAUUUGGCCUCAAAGUACGGCGUGUCUGGCUUCCCCACCUUGAUGUGGUUCUCUGCGGAUGACAAGGAACCUGUUCGUUACGAGAGCGGCAGGGAUCUGGCCUCGUUCGUCUCCUACAUUAAUGAGAAGGCAGGGACCCACAGAACCGAGUCUGGCGGGUUGACAGACGAGGCGGGCGUUGUUGAGUCUCUGACAGAGACGGUGAAAGACUUUCUGGCGGCUGGAUCAGACACGAGGCAGGACAUCUACGACAAGGCGGUAGAGGCAGUCAAGACGCUGACUAGCACCCAAGUACCCUAUGGGCAGACGUACUUGAAGAUCAUGAAGAGCAUUCUCGACAAGGGCUCUGAGUACGUCACUAAGGAGUCAGGCAGGCUGGAGCGUCUGCUCAAGACGACGCUGAGCCCGCAGAAGGAGACCGAGUUCUCCAUUAGGAAGAACAUCCUGAGGCUGUUCAACUGAUAGAAAGGCAAUCGGCGAGAUGGGUCGUAAAGUCAAGUAGACAGUCGGAGCAGGAAGCAGUGGAGGUUGCAGGGUUAGGCAGUGGCAUGCCAGACGGUGUUCUCACUUCUGAAUAUCGCGGUUUCGCCAGCGUGGCAGGAUUGACGAAAAGUUUCAUUUGCUCCACACUCUUUGUUCUUGGUGUAUGAUCUGGCAGUGGGAUACAACAUGCACUCAGGAAGUAUCCCGAAAGUUGUGAAGUUUCUCAAUACGAGCUGCCACUACAUGCACCAUAAGCUGGGACCAAUCCGGGCUUUUCUUUGGGGGGAGCAUGCUGACAGCCACUGGAUAGCCGAAUUUGUGAUGAUGUUUUGCAGGACGCGCAUUUCGUAUCUACUUUGAUAUACUGUAACAUACCCCGCUAACUGCAAGGGAAUUGGAGCCGCCAG